AUGUUGGAAAACCAAAUAGCUCAGCAAGCAAGUUCUUCUAGCAAAGCACAAGGAAAACUUCCAAAUCAGCCAGAGAAUCCUAGAGAACAUUGCAAGGCAGUGAUCCUAAGGAGUGGGAAAAUUGUGGAAGAUGAAAAGAAAGAUGGGGUAGAAGAGGAAAAAAGGAAAAAAGAUAAAGACAAGAAUGAAUCUACUUCAAAUUAUGAUGAAGUUAAUGAGGAAGCAAAUAGGAAGAAAGAAGUUGAAAAAGAAGAAGAGGAGAAGUAUGUGCCUCCACCACCAUACAAGCCACCAUUACCAUAUCCUGAGAGGAGACUAGAAGAUUAUGAAACUGUUGCACUUACUGAAGAAUAUAGUGCUAUAUUGCAGAAUAAGCUUCCCCCUAAGCUUAAAGAUCCUGAAAGUUUCUCUAUUCUAUGUCACAUUGGAGAAACAAGUAUUGAAAAGGCACUAUGUGAUCUUAGAGCUAGUGUAAGUUUGAUGCCACUAUCUAUAUGUGAAAAGUUAAAGGUUGGAAAUUUUUUUAUUCCUGUGGAUUUUGUGGUUCUUGAGAUGGAGGAGGAUGUAAGAACACCCAUCAUACUUAGAAAACCAUUUUUAGCUACUGCAGUAGCUAAUAUAGAUGUGAAGAAUGGGAAAUUGAAGUUGAAGGUGGGAGAAGAGGAAAUAGAAUUCAAUUUAUUCCAAGAUUCUAAGGAAUCAGUUGUGGUAAAUUCUUGCUAUAGGGUGGAUGUUAUAGAAAAUGAUACUGGAAUGGAAGAUAUUAAGUUGGAGGGAAAUCAAAUUGCUCUUUAUUCUCAGUAUAAUCAGCAUAUAGUGCGAAAGAAAAAGCUCCUUUGCCACUUCCUUUUGAUAAGAAUGAAACUCCAAGAGUAA